UGAUAGGAUAGGAAGUGUUUCGUGAAACAGAAACAAUAAUGGUUGAAAUUUUAUUUUUGUUUCUGGCUAGAGAACUAUUUACUUUCAAGUGACUCGUGUUUCAGUGGUUUAUAAUUUGUCUGUGGUUUGUUUUGAAGAAGACCAGUGGAAAUUAGCCAUUGAAUUAAUGAAGCACAUAGGACAUUGAAUUUAGAGUGCCAAUUCUGUACAAAUUUUCAAGUUUAUGAAUAACGGUCUAAGAAAUAUGUUUGUCCAAUCAGAUACUGGUCUCAAAUUAAGGAAUUUAUACUAAUUUGAUAAAAAUUAUGUGGUCUGUGUGGGAAGAAGUGAUUGGUGUGAGUGUAACAAAAUGGAUGAUGGGGAAGUUAUUUUGAUUGCUCCAGAUAAUAAAAAUCAAGAUGGUUCUCAGACAUAUUUCAUUUUAGACCCUUGCUCUUCAGAGGAUUGUGUUGAUGGUCCUACCGGUAUAGAACUUAUUGAUUUAACAGACGAUUAUAAAGUCAAGAAUACAGGAGCAAUUGCAGUUGUAUCUACGAGCAGUUCUGGUGCUUUAGAAAUCACACUGAAGAAACCAAAAGAAGAAAUGGAUCCUAAAAACCUAUCUGAAAUGGAAGAAAUUGGUUGGGAGGUUACAACCAAUAGUGAGAGUGAUCCUAUUAUUGAUAUGAUUACUGAUGAUGACACAGUGCAUCAUGUAAAAGACGAAGAGGAUGUUGACGUUGAAGAAAUCACCAUUCAUGACCCAAGUGAUAAAAGUAAACCAAAAGGUGAACCUGAAUUAAUUGACAUAAGCGAAGCGGAGGAAGUUCAACAAGAAAGCCAGAAUGAUCAAGAUGAUGACCCUGAAGAAGAUGUUCUGUUUAUUGAUGAUGCUAAGUAUACUGAACUGCAAGAUGAAGUUGCUCCUGAAAGUAUGCAAGAACUCAACAACUUAAAAGAACAUGUAAUUCAACAGAUAGAGGGCAAAAGAGAAGAAGAUACCACAAAUAAAGUUUCAGUGAAUUCAGAAAAUGCCACACUAGAUGACAGUGGUGAUGUUAAAAUAAUAAAUGUUAUUGAGAACAAGGGAGAUAAACUGGAAAAUGUUAUCACAAUGUCAUUUGAUAUUGUAUCUGGUCCAGUUACUUCAAAAACAUUGAACCAAACUGUAAAUUCUCAAGAGGCUAUUGUUCAUGGCCAGGUGUUUGAAAUACCUUCUGAAAAUAAAAAUGUUAAUGAGAAUGAAAAGGAAUUAACUGAUAGUACAAAUACCGCAUUAACUUUGCUAGAAUUAGCUGGAAGCACAGGUGCAACUCUUACGAACAUAGACAUUAAAUCAGAUAAUAUUUUAAUCUCAGAUAGCUCAUCAGUUCAAGAAAAUAAUGCUCACGUGGAAGACACUGAAAUUGAUCCAAAUGAACCAACAUUAACUACUCUUCAACCUGUUCAGCUUGACACUCCAAUGCAAAGCACCAUUACCUCUGAAACUUCUUUUUCUAAAGCAAGUGAUGCACAAUGUGCAAUUCCUAACCCUUCCUCAAAAACUAAAACUGAUGUCUCGUCGGCACCAAAAACGCCAAUUUCUAGAACAUCUGAUGAUGUAUUACAACGAUUAAGGGAUGGGGAUACCCCAAGACAACUGAUGGGGAAGGAAUCUGGAAGACGAGGUAGAGAUGUCAUUUACAUGAGUCCCAUGGUGACUCAGGCAGAAAUUGCUCAAGAGUUCAUGGACAGACAAUUGCAGAAAAAUCCAUACACAGAACCUACUGGAGGAGAUUAUUUGUUUGCCAUGAAACUAACACAUAGAUUAGCAACCAAGAUUGCACCCUCUGGGACAACUGUACAGCAGCCUGAAGAAACAACUAAUGAAACAAAAGAAGAUGGUGACAUUACAGCUAACUCCCAAAAGAGUUUAUCUUCAGAAAACACCCUUAAGCCUAUUUCAAAUACCGAGAUUGUAAAAGAGGCUAAGAAAAACUAUGCAAUAUCUGAUAAGAUUGAACUUUUAAAAAUUUUAGAAGAUGAUCCUGAUGACCCCAUUUCUUCCACAGAUGAAAGUCAAAUUGUUUUAGAGCAGAAGGUAAAGUCAGAUAGAAAGAGACUGUCAAACGCUCCUUUGAUAAGGAUGAACCCAGAAUUGGAAAAAGAAUUGGCAUUAAAACAGUUGCAAGAUUUCAGUCAAGGAAGUGAACGUGGAAAAAAGAAAGUCAGUUUUAGCCCUGAUAGAAAAAUUAAAUUAGAGAAAGGUCAAGAAAGAAAUAAUAACCUUAAUUCUCUAAAGAAAACUACCAAUGUAACUAGAAAGAGACGUAGUGACAUUUUAGCUCAACCUUUUAAGAAAAUAAAAAAAGAAGCUGUUAAAUCUGUUAAUGCAGCUCCACAGCUAAUAACUGAAACACUUAUUGUUGAAGGUCAGGCAAUUAGUGAUGACCCUUCCACAAAAGAUAGUAAAUCAUUAAAACAAUAUUCUAACAAAAGACUGUCGAGGAGCUCUGAAACUCCUCCUCGCCACUUACCUAUGGAUAUAGUGCUGAAUGGAAUUGAUGAUCUGCCCACAGAGGGUUCGUCAACUAAUAAAAUCUUUAAAGCUACUAAUCCAAGGAAAAGAAAAGCAGAGCUGCAAGAAAAGAGACAGAAACAAAUUGCUAAUGUGUUUCAAACAAACAAACCUCAGAAAAGGAGAGGAAGGCCACCUAAGAGAAAACCAUAUCCAACAAAUGAUGAAUUGAAUAAAGAGUUUCUUCUAAAGGCUACGUUGGAAACUAACAACGGAUUACACGAGAAUAAUCUAGAGAGUCCCAAUCAAAGUACAAUCCCUCCUGAUGCUGAAGAGAAACCUAUAAAAACAAAAAAAAUGAGAGAAAUUGAACGCCUUCUCGGGGAUGAAGGAGCUAUAAAUAUGCUUUACUCUAUAGAGCAAAAGAGGGCUUCUGGGGGGGAUUCAAAAAGAGGAAUGCUGCCCUCAUAUCGCAGAAAAAAGAGAGAUUUGAUUCUUAAAACCAAGCUUGUUAAAUCUGCCGUUUUACGGCAAACAACAAAUUCACCUCACCCAGUUGGAAGACUUUCUCUGCGCGGUCAAACCCCCAAAGAAGAGGUCAAAGAAGAGGAAUCAAGUGAAAAGGCAGCAUCUCGAAAAAUGUCUGUGGAUUCUCAUGAUUCCCACCACUCUCUUUCGUCUCCACCACCUGAGGCCUUCCCAUUCCCAGCAAAGAUUGUACCAGCAGAAGCUUCAAGAAUCAUUAGAAGGCAUUCUUCAAGCAGUAAUUACUCAAGUCGUAGUAACAGUCCACGGAGACAAAGUGUUGAUGGAGAACGAACUAUCAUUACCUCUCCAGGAGAAAAAAACAGUGAAGCUGAACAAAUAGAUUCUUCAUUUAUCAAUAACAGCAAGCAAAAACCAGUUAAAUCACCACAGCAUUUACUUGGAAAAUCUAUAAAAAGUCCUGACAACAAAUCUGAAAGAGAAACAGUAGAUAAAGCCAAGGAAAGUAACAAUAAAGAGCUUACUCCCCAAACUACUCCUGCUAUAGAAUCUAAGAAAACCCCAAUGUCCCUAAAGAACACCUCUAAGUUAGCUGAUAAAGUCGAAAUUCCGAGAAGAGGAAGGAGAAGAAUAUUUAUGACUAGUAAAAUGAAGAACCACUUACAAUUAAACACUUCACUUGCUGCUGCUGUUGAAGAUUUUGCUAAAGAAAAUAAAAGUGGUGGCAAAAACAUUCCAGUCGAGACUCCAAAAAAACUAUCCACAUCUGCAGUUCCUACUUCCAAAGCAGUAUACAAAAAGGCAUCAGAUAAAGUCAGGACCCCAAAGUCGUCCAAGGUUUACAAGGAGCUGACUUUGAAGAGACACGACCGAGUAGUCGAGAUCAGUUUGACUCCUGUCUCCACUAAACUGCAAAACGCAUUUAACGUCAAUGUGCUGCAGGAGUUGACCUCAGUGUUGACAGGACUGGCCAAAGAUGAAAACUGCCGUGUGGUUCUCAUAACAUCACAAGGCCCUGUGUUUUGUCAAGGAGUUGACUUUCCUGCCCUUAUCAAACCUACUCCAGAGCAACGGAAGGGUGCGGCGCUUGCGAUGGUUGUUGCCAUCAAAGAGUUGGUCAAGAGUGUGGCUGUCCUGUCUCGGCCACUAGUGGCGGCUGUGCAUGCUCCGUCUGUAGGUCUGGGGGUGACUCUGCUGCCUCUGUGUGAUAUGGUAUUGGCUGAUCAGAACGCUACUUUUCACACUCCCUACACCCGCCUAGGCCACGUACCCGAGGGGGCUGCGACACUAACUUUUCCCUCUCUUCUCGGGCCUGUUGCGACGAGUGAGUUGCUGUUUGCUUGUCGAAAGUUUACUUCCUCAGAAGCACAACAGGCUGGUCUUGUAACUAGAGUGUUGCCUUCGGAAAACUUUCAUGAAGAAAUCCUGGCCAUCGCCAAGUCUCUGUCCACACAUUCCGCUCAGGCAAUGAAUGAGACCAAGAUGUUGCUGAGACACAGCCUACUGAUGGGACUGGAGACUACACUGGUGUCAGAGGCUCAUCUAUUGACCAAACACUGGGUGACAGCCGAGUGUCAGGCUAACUUCACCUCUGCCCUAGACAAGGGAGAGUACGUUCUGGCUGCACCUUCUACCAGCACCAGUGGAGAGUCCUCAAUCAAGGAUGGACCAAAGUAACCAGAGGAGACUGAAUUGAAAGCUGUACAUAAACUUAAGUGCAUUUUAAGUGUUUUAUUCUCUAACUAGUGAGGUAUUUUUAUAAUCAUAAGUAGUAAGUGUUUUGUUUUUAUAAAAUUUUAUUGGUUAUUGUUUAGAAGAUCAACACUACUAAGUUAAUCAUUUUGGAUACUAGCUGUUUAAAAUGUUUCUAAAAAACAUUAGGGUGAUCGCAUUAAUAAUGUAAUCGUAAUGAGUAAUUUUGUAAGGAGUUUUGUUUUAGGCUUAUGAUUCAAAUCCUGUAUAGGCUUUUCCACUAAUUUCAAGAAAACAAAAUUUUAUUCAUUAAUUAGGGAGUUUUAGCUUCCUAGCCCAAACUAACAAUCACUUGAUAUAGGCUAUUCUUAUCUCUAAUACACAUAAAUUUAAUUACAAUUCUAUGUUAUAAUAAAUUUGACAAGAAAGGUAGGCCUACCUAUUAAGUUAUUGAGUCUGAUGAAUUUGCAAUGUAUUCAACUUUAACUUUAAAUACUACAUACACCUAACUGCCUUUAUCUUAACAUUUGUUAUUUUGAAUCUUGCAGUGGCAAUGGUAGCUUAAAUGCUGUUAUAAAAUUGUUAUGCUAUAGAUAUAUCAAUGUUAUAACUUUUCAUGUUGACAUUUUAUUGGUUGUUACAUCUUGACGUUUGAUGUUGAAAAUGGGAAGCCGUUCUAUACAGGUUUUAGCUUGAUACUGCUGCUAACAUUUCAAGUAUUACUUUUUACUUACAAAUAUGUUCAAUUCAAGGUUUCCAUAUUUUACAAAAUAUAUACUGUAUUUCUAAUUUUGUA